AUGAUCUUCGAAGAAAGCGAACUGGACACCCCUCCAAGAACGAUCAACACCGCUGGUCUCGUAAAAUGUGGAUGUGGAAUAUGGAUUUUGGUCUUAACCUUCGCUUGCGGGAACAGUCAGCUCUCCCAAGAGUCGACGGAAUCGACGCGGCUUCCUUGGAAUCGAUUCGAUGACAGAGAUCCAUCUGUAUAUGGAACACGAAAUACUGACAGGCUAGGUGAAGUUCUAAUAAAAGAGGCCACAUACUUUGUUGUUGCCUCUAAAAUGGUUAGACCAGGACAAAUCUAUCGGGUAGGUAAUGUCUUGUAUAGUCCAAUACCAAUGACGAUACGUGCAUCUAUUCAAAGAGAUGGUGUGGAAAUUGCUUCAGAUUAUCAGGAAGUAAAGGAAGAUAUACCGCAAACCCUGAUGAUGAAAAUGCCUCCUACUUCUGUUGGUGGAGAAUAUAAAUUGAGAGUAGAAGGGACAUACAAUAGUUUGACCGGUGGUCAAGCAUUUUUAAAACGAAACAAAACUUAUAUUUCUCAGAGAUCUAUGAGUAUUUUCAUUCAGCUGGACAAGCCUGUAUAUAUGCAAAAGGAACUAUAAGAUUUAGGGACUAUACCUAUAAACACUGAACUUAAAGCAUUCAAUAAUCCUAUCGAUGUGUACAUGCUAGAUCCGUACAGAAGAAUAAUGAGAAGAUGGUUAAGUAGACAGAGCAAUUUAGGAACUGUAUCUUUGUCCUAUCAGCUCUCCGAUCAGCCUGUUUUUGGAGAAUGGAUUAUACGUAUAGCACAAGGCCAAGUAGAGGAGAAAACGUUCCUAGUAGAGGAAUAUUAUCAAACGCGUUUCGAAGUUAAUGUCACCAUGCCAGCAUUUUUCUUUGAUAACGACCCGUACAUAUACGGAACGGUUCAAGCAAAUUACACGAGCGGUGCACCAGUUAGAGGAAAUUUAACCCUUAAAGCUACCUUUAAAUCUCUUGACAGAAGGUCGCCGGAUGUUGCUCCUGAAUCUAUUGAAAGAUAUUUCUACUUUGACGAAUAUUAUCCUUCCUGGUUAAAAUCCUCAUAUUUCGACAAUAAGGUUCCCGUGCUAAGAUUUUUUAACGGAACCUAUCAUUUCAAGUAUCCAAUGUCAGAGUUACUGACCUUUGUACCUGCUGCAAGCGGAGCAGAGAUUCACUGUUACCGCUACCGUUGGCGAAAGAUUUUAGAAGAAAUAAUAUCAGGGUAUUCCACGGCUCGAAUUUUUAAUUCUACCACGAAAAUACGAUUCUUAGGCGGAACGCCGCAAGUAUUUAAGCCAGCAAUGCCAUUCUCUGUAAAUUUAGUGGCAUCGUUCCAUGAUAAUUCGGUACUAAGACCGUCGCAGUUAAAAGGAUCCGUAAUGGAAAUUCGUGCCGACAUUGAAACGAGAACAGGUGGUCGCAGAAAUUUAGAAACUCAGUAUCUAAAGCCUACACCAGAUAAUGCAGAUUGGUCAACAAGGAUAGAUCUAAGGAAACAACUUGGGCUUGAUCACAGCUCGGAUCAUGCUCAACAAAUUCUUAAUGAUAUUUCUUCUAUGAGAGUUUAUGCAUAUCUCACUGAUGGAGAAGGGUUUAGAACACAAACUGAAUUAUUAUUAUUGGCACAUGAAUCUCCAAAUCAGCAACAGAUAAAAAUUUCAACUUCUACCGAGAAACCUAAAGUUGGGGAAUACAUGAUAUUUCACGUCCAAACAAAUUUCUAUAUUGAUACAUUUAGUUAUAUUAUUAUGGCAAAAGGUAUUAUACUUCUGACUGGACAGGAUAGCAUGCAACACAAUGUGAAAACAAUUGCUGUCCCUCUCAGUGCGGAAAUGGCUCCAGUUGCAACUAUAGUUGUAUAUCACAUUGGACAGUAUAGUAACGUUAUAGCAGACUCCUUAACUUUUUCUGUAAACGGUAUUUCACGGAAUAAUUUUACCGUGUACAUUAACAAUAAAAAAGCUAGGACAGGUGAAAAUGUUGAAGUAGCUAUUUAUGGUGAACCUGGAGCUUACGUUGCUCUCUCAGGUAUAGAUAGAGCUUUCUACACGAUGCAAGCUGGAAACGAGUUAACAUACGCCAAUGUAAUAACAAAAAUGGCACAUUUUGACGAGGAAACAAAUGGUACUCAAUCUCAUACUUGGUUGUACCACGACGGGGAUCCAGACGAACUUGUUUACUUCCCAUCUUCAACGUUUGGUAUUGAUGUUAACAGAACAUUUGAGUAUAUUGGAUUGGUAGUUUUUACAGAUGCUUUCGUUCACCGAAGACCAGACAAUUGCAAUGCAACUCUAGGACUCGGGGAAUGUCUGUCUGGAAAAUGUUAUAGAUUAGAUAAAAAAUGUGAUGGAACAUUUGAUUGCGAAGAUGGAACCGACGAGGCAGGCUGUGAACAUAGAAAUCUUACGGAUGUAGCUACUUUUAGAAAAUGGCGAUUUAACAGAGUACAAAGAUUAUAUGAAAAUGUCUGGUUAUGGAAGGACAUUAAUAUUGGUCCCCAUGGUAGAUAUAUCUUUAAUAUAGACGUACCACGAAGACCAGUUCAAUGGAUGAUCACAGCAUUCAGUAUGUCACCGAGUAUGGGUUUUGGUAUGUUACCAAAGGCUAUUGAAUACAUGGGAAUCUUGCCAUUUUAUAUUAACGUAGAGAUGCCUACUCACAGUAGACAAGGAGAGCAGAUUGGUAUUCGUCUUUCUGUUUUCAAUUACCUCCGCUACAACAUAGAAGCUGUAGUAGUUUUGGCUGGUUCAAAUGAUUACAAAUUUGUCCAUGUAGAGGAUAAUGGUAUUGUACAGUCGUACAAACCUCGUACAUCUUUUGGCGACCAUCAGUUCUUCAUUUGGAUUCCCGCACAGGAUGCUGCUAUCGUAUAUUUGCCUAUUGUACCUGUACGACUUGGAGAUAUCAAAGUACACAUUUAUGCUACAACUGUAAUCGGAAGAGAUUCAGUUACACGGAAUCUCCACGUGGAAGCUGAUGGUCUUCCACAGCAUCGACAUCAAUCUAUUCUACUUGAUCUCAGCAACCGAGCUUAUGUGUUCCAAUACAUGCAUGUUAACAUAACAGAAACUCCGAUUAUACCUUACGACGAAAACCGUUACUAUGUAUUCGGCUCUAACAAGGCAGUCAUAAGUUUAGUCGGAGACGUUGUUGGGCCAAUUUUCCCAACGAUGCCUGUUAAUGCCACGAGUCUCAUGGAUCUUCCUAUGGAUUGUGCUGAACAAAAUAUGUUCAGUUUCGCUGUUAAUUUGUACACGACAAUGUAUAUGCGUUUAAUUAAUCAACGCAAUAGAACGCAAGAAAAAGAAAGCUUUUAUUACAUGAACAUUGGCUAUCAAAGGCAGCUCUCGUUCAUGAAUCCUGAUGGAUCGUUCAGUUUUUUCCGCAGCGACUGGAAUCAGUCUGCACCGAGCGUUUGGUUAACGGCGUAUUGUGCGCGUGUCUUACAGGAAGCACGUUUUUAUGAAUGGGAAAAUUAUCUUUACAUCGAUCCCGAAGUAAUAGCUAAUGCUGUAUCUUGGCUAUUGAGGCAUCAAACGGCUGAGGGAUCGUUUUCUGAAGUUAGCUGGCUACCGGACCGCAAAAUGAACAGCAGUUUAAAUUAUGAUUACGAUAUAAUAACGCAUAGAAAUAUUAGUCUCACAGCUCAUGUUCUUAUUACGCUACAAAGUGUAAAAGAUUUGCCUGAAGGAUUGGGAACUCAGGUUGCUGUGAGUGCUGCGAACGCAGUCAAAUGGCUGGAAAGAAAUUUGAAACUAUUGGAGGACCGCGGAAAACCCUAUGACAUAGCAAUAGUAUCGUAUGCUCUUUUGUUAGCAAAAGCUUCUACUGCAGGGCAAGCUUUUAAUAUUUUAUCGAAACAUGCACGUAGAGAGGGAGGUUUAACUUACUGGGGCAGAGAACAAGUACCUCUUCCUCCUUAUAAACUGGAAAAUCAAAAGCCAUUCCUCCUUCCACGUUUACCAUAUAAAUACGAUUCUGAAAACAUUGAAACUACUGCAUACGCUCUUCUGGUGCAUGUUGCACGGCAAGAAAUAAUUAUUGAACCUAUUGUAAAAUGGUUGAAUUCUCAACGAUUAACAGAUGGUGGCUGGGCUUCUACCCAGGAUACUGCAUGGGCAAUGAAAGCUUUAAUGGAUUACACAGUUAGAACCAGAAUUAGAGAUGUUAGUUCAUUGGCCGUUACUGUGGAAGCUACAUCUCUUCCAGGACAAACUAACAUUAUUUGUCAUGAUAAUAAUCUAGCAAGGCUUCAGACUAUCGAGAUACCAGAAGCAUGGGGAACGGUGAAAGUACAAGCUAAAGGUGCUGGGUACGCAAUUCUACAAAUGUCAGUACAGUACAAUGUAGAUAUUGCUAAAUUCCAAACUCAACCACCAGUCAAAGCGUUUGAUUUGGUUACCAGAGCAAAUUUCCAUGGCAGAAAUCAGUCACAUAUAUCAUACCUCAGUUGUCAGAGGUGGACAAAUACGAAUGAAUCAGCACGCUCUGGAAUGGCGGUAUUAGAUGUAGCCAUACCAACUGGUUACAUAAUUCAGCAACAAACCUUAGAUAGAUACAUUUUAUCAAAACAAGUAAGAAAUCUUCACAGAGCACGAUUCCAGGAGAAAAAGGUUCUCUUUUACUUUGAUUACCUGGACGAAGAAGAAACGUGCGUAAAUUUCACCAUUGAAAGAUGGUUCCCGGUUGCAAACAUGUCUCGAUAUCAUCCUAUAAGAGUUUAUGAUUAUUAUGCACCAGAACGUUUCAAUGAAACUAUAUUUGAUGCUCUGCCAACAUAUACGUUGAAUAUUUGUGAGGUUUGUGGUAGUUCCCAGUGUCCAUAUUGUCCAAUUUAUAAUGCCGCCACAUUGUUGUCCACGCCUACAGGUAUUCUGCUAAUAGUAUCUCUUUUAAUUGUUGCAACGAGGUACUUUCGAAUGCAGGAAUUUAUUAUAAGAAUUUAGCAUAUUAUUUUUAAUUACUCUAAGAAAGUUGUAUCAUUGAUACCUUGAAGAUAUGAGAUAGUUUCAACAUCAAAUUAAUUCGCCAAAGUAUUAUCUGAUACUCAUUUUAAAGUGGCUUUGAUCAAUAUAAUCAAACGGUAUUAUAAAAAAGUGAAUAAAAAAAUAGUGAAAAUUAUCGCAAAUUUUCAAAUGGUAUCAUUAAUGCGUAUAACGUUAAAGUACCGUCCAUAAAUAAGUCUGCUUUAUAAGAAACAAAAUGUAUAUUAUAAGAUAACUUGUUGUAGUGCACGAGCGUUUAAACGCGCUUGUUCGUCAGAGGCAACGAUACUGUAAAUAGUAUCAAUUUUUAUUUUUAUUACUGAACAAUUUAUAAUAAAAUCAAUUAUAAAUUGUUCAGGUUUUAUUCGAGCACAGUGUAGAAAGGCUGUAUGUAAAUUAUUUAUAAAUCUAAUUUCUACAAAGCUCGCUCGGCAAUCCGUCCAAAAAGUAUGUUUAACAGUUUUUAUAAACAGAGAGCAGCAUUUAACGUGUGUUGAAUAUAUUUUUAAGUUUUAUAACCUUUAUACAAAUAAAUUUAUAAAAAUAAAAGAUAAAACACUAUCUGUUUUAUUGCUUAUUUCAUGAAUAAGUAAAGUAUUGUUGA